AUGACCAUGCAAGCAAGCCCAAUAUAUUUGCAAGAACAGACAAUCUCAGCAGCCACAGAUGCACUUCUGUCUGCAAAUGCGCGCACCGUCGAGCUUGAACAUCAAGUCCAAGCUCUACAUGCUUUCAUUGAUGCCAAUGGACUUAUGAGAGUGGCACCUCAGUCGAUUCGCCAGCACAUGCUUACUGGUCCGGGCGCCGCAAAGACUCUAGGGAAUCAAAUAAAGGUUGCUGCCUGCAAAGUCAGCGAUAAGCUCCGCACCAAGACCUCCGAUGCGAAGAAGACCUGA